GCCAUAUAAAGAGACACAGAACACCAGCCAGGCUUUAUCCUUCUUGUCUGUCCCGCUCACUCAGACCUCACAGGAAACCUCCGACUCCCACCGACCCUCCAGCUUGCCUUCACUUCCCACACUUUUUUUUUUUUUUUUUUUUUUGCUUUAGCACACGGUCCCGCCAGCUGCGCAGAGACUGAGCUGAGAGGAUGGCUGCAUCCAUGUGGAGAAUGAAUGGGCUGUGCAGGAGCAUGGCUGGAGUUGUGCUGCUCUGCGCUCUAUUGUUUAGUGCUGAGGUGAUGUGUCAAGAUAAUGCCACGGUUGUACCGGAUGCAUCAAAGACAUCAGAACCUGCUGCCAUACCAGCUGAUGGUGCUUCUGGGACUGUUCCAGACAGUGGACAGUCUGCUUUGGCUACUGAUUCUCCAGCAGACAACGCAUCCCCACAGGUUACAGGUCACCAGGCUGUAGACGACAUCCAGGUAGAUGUCAGCACUGCAGCUCCGGCUGCUGCAAGCGAUGACAAGACUGUACCUGCUGAGGUCCAGGAUGGCGUGUUCGUGGUCAAAGAAGUUUUCCCUGUUGUGAAGUGUGUUGAAAAAGAGGCAAUCUCUAAAAGCAGUGCUCUCAAGGCUGUAGUGAGCACAGAUGACUGUGAUGGAACAAAACGCAUCAUUCAGGAAAACCCUGUAGCCUGGUGCCAAAUAGAAAACUGCAAUAUAGAAAUCUUCCAGGAGGGCAACAUGAUGCUAAUGUCCAGCAAUGAUGCUAAGCUGAGUACUUUGGUUGAAAUGCUCCAGAGUGAACAUUUGAAAGACAAGCUGGGUGUGAAGACUGAGACCCCUUCAUCAUCAAGUUCCUCUGUAUUCGUGGGAAUACUGAUCACUGGCCUGCUUGCAGCUGCUGCCAUUGUUGUUGGGUACUUCAAAUGCCAACGCAGACCUGACACCAAGGGAGCAAAGCUGGCCGAGGAUGAUAUAGAAAACCAGGGGAACACCCUUGCCUCUGUGGCCCCUCUCAAUCCACCUCCUGAAACUCAGGAGAAACCUAGUGUAAAUGGAGAGUCCCCCGAGGCUGACAAGACCCAGACUCCUCCUCCUCCUACCAACGGCCACUCCACCACCAAGACAGCAGACACGGAGCUGUGAAGCAGUCCCACAUAACCUGCAGUCCAGUUCCUCUCACAAACACAUUCAUUCAUACACACACAUACAUAUCUAAAACAAAAAUUCUGACAAAAUUCCGGUUACAGCAAAGUGGACAUUGGUGAAUAUAACAAUAUCCUAAACAUCAAUCUUCUGUUGUUUGGGUCCUCAUGACUCCUCCUUAGGCUGUGUCAUAAAAAAAAAACAUCAGGAAAACUAGUCUGAUGAUGACAGAAUUGGCAGAAAUAAUGAUGUUGACGAUGACGAAGACUCAGUCCCUGUGUUGUUGACGGCAGCCAGGCUGGAGACUAGAAAGGAGAUUGGCAGUUCUGGGUUUGAAGAGGGUUUUUUUUUUUUCUUUUUGCUUUUUUAAGCAUUAAUCAACACUGGCUCCUGUGAUGAUUGCAGCCCCUGGAGUCACAGCCAUGUACUUUGGAACCCAGCAGAGUCUCUGCACAUCAUCUGGUUUAAAACAAACCAAAUCCUCUACUUCUAAACACAACACAAGCACAGAAAACAGUUAUUCAAUUUAAUUUCAUAAUAGACAGAGAGGAAAACAAAUCCCACUGCCUUGAAAUCUGUUUACAUACUUGUUGGAGAGAAAACACAUUGGGCUCUCAUCCUAUAGGUGUGCAAAAAUGUGUGUGUGUUAAAAUAUACUUACAUCUCUACUGUGCAUAGGCUGUACAUAUCAAUACAUGCAUUUUAGCUUCUCUUGCAUAUUGUACUGUAUGUAUGAGUACUUGAUAAUGAGUGAAUGAUGGCAACUGUUUGAAUGAUGAAUGUGGAUGUAUAUGUGACAUUAGCCAUGAAAACUGUACAGUUUUGUAAACGGAGCUGGUAGCUCAUCGAGCUGCAGUCAGUCCUGAUAGUGAGGUGGAAGGAGAAUUUAAGCUUUACACACACUUUUCCUUUAACAACAUAAGAAGAAAUGGAAAUAAUGUUAAUUAAAAGCCAACCAACCUCUCUACUGACUGACCAACAAACUAUCACUGCCAGCUUUGUCCUCAUAUGUGUCAAUGUUAUUAUCUUUUCACUAAGCUGUAUAUGCUUGUCUUGUGUUUUAUUUUUUUAUUUCUAUGUACACUUGCUAUGUUCAUUCUGUGUGCCAUAUAUUUGGAUUUUAUAACUCAUGUUGUGCUUAAAUUAGUAUUUGUGCCACCUUAACAAUAUUCAACCCUUGUUGUAACAUGAAGAAAUGUA